CGCCACGCCCACUUUUAGUUGACACGCGUGUUUCAUGUUUGCAGCAUGGCUUCAUCGGCUAAAAGACGAGCAGUAGGUUUGGGUGAAAAUCCCGAGGACAGUGAAAAUAGCUCGGACGACAAUCCGGAGGAGGACGACGACUCCGGGGAGGAGGACAGUGAGGCGUCGGAGGAGGAAAUCAACGAGGAGGUCGUUGUGGAUUUUGAAGCACACACUAUUUCAGCCAACGACUUCAACGGCAUUAAGAAACUGCUGCAACAGGUCUUCCUGAAGGCUCAUGUAAAUACAUCAGAGCUGACCGACAUCAUCAUCCAACAGAAUCAUGUUGGUAGUGUCAUCAAGCAAGCAGACGUACCAGAAGACAGCGAUGAUGACGACCCAGAUGAAGUGUUUGGCUUCAUCUCGAUGCUCAACCUUACAGAGAGAAAGGGUGUGCAGUGCGUGGAGGACGUGAAGGAGCUCAUUGUGGACCAGUGCGAGAAGAACGCCACCCACAGUGUGACGGAGCAGCUGGAGCAGAUCCUCAGUGACACCAGCAAGCCUGUGGGGCUGCUGCUGAGCGAGCGCUUCAUCAACGUCCCUCCACAGAUUGCCCUUCCUCUGCACAAACAGCUCCAGGAAGAAAUAGCUGAAGCUCAGAGGACGAACAAGCCCAGCGGGAGGUGUCACUACUGCCUCAUGAUCAGCAAGACCUGCAAAGAGGCAACCAAGAGCAUCCCAGCCAGAGGAGGAGCUCCCAAAGAGGAAUACAUGUUCGUCAAUGCCGAGGAGGAGUUCUUCUAUGAGCAAGCCAUCAUCAAGUUCCACUACUCAGUCCAGGAAGAGGCCGACUCCUGUUUGAGCGGCAGGUGGUCGUUCGACGACGUACCCAUGAAGCCUUUCAGGACAGUGAUGCUCAUCCCCACAGACAGAAUGCCCGCCAUUAUGGACAAACUCAAAGAAUAUCUAACUGUGUGAAGCUCGCAAUAAACCGAGAGACACACUGAAGACCUUUCAGGCUCGUGGAAAUCCUUCAGUUGACCUAAAAGAACAUGUUUCGGUACCUUCAGCAACGGCAGUGUCUCGGGCUGUAGUCAGACUCCUAAUUAACAUUUAAAAGGUUGCCGUCUCCACUAGGUGGGGCUCAGUUCAAAGUUUUUCACAGGUACCACCACCUUGUGAAGAUAACACUGGAAAUCGUCCAGCCAAUCAGAGCGUGUCAACCUGGAGACUACAGCCCGAGCAGUGCCGGUGUUGUAAAUCUGACAUUUAGCCUACGUCCCUUUUUAGAGACACUGUUUUUACAGAUUCCUGCUUCACUUAAGACGGACAGGAAGUAGUUCAACACAUACUGUAUUAUUGCAAAAUAUAUAUAACUGUUCCAAAAUGUUUAUGUAUAGAAAUAUAGCAGCAAUAGUUUCUGCAGGGACUUUUACAUCAAUUAGUAAAAAUUACAAUUUCUGAGUGAUUUUGAUGUCCGGUCUCAGCAGAUGGAUUUUUAAGAGUUAAAUUCAGCUGUUUUCCCUUCAAAAGCAGUUCAGGUUUUGCAUUUUAGGACAAUUAUUUUCAUAAGUUUGUACUAAACUGCAGACAUCAAGUCUUUUUUUUCAAAAAACGAAGCAAAUUCUUAGGUAACUUCUACUUCUGUAGAUUCUGUCGCAGUGCUCUUUAAUAAAUGAUGCCUUUGCAUGCUUUCACA